AUGGGCAACGUCAGCAAGCUAUACGCUCUUGAGAUAGGAAACGAGGUCGAUGUCUACGCGAGACAAUGUUAUAACGGCUCUUGCAUCAGGAAUCCUCAGACCUGGGAUUCAGAAACUUAUGCGGAAGAAGUGCAGGGACACAUCGACUUGUUGACGAAGAAUGUGACCAACUUUCCCCAGACUGGGCGUAUAUUCCAGAUAUUCGACAAAGGGACUGAGAUUGAUUGGCCCACCAAUACCAAGUGGACACUUACACCAUUCAUGCAGAGCAUCUCCGAGGUCGAGGAUCUUACCAGAGUUAAGCAAGUCGCACAACAUUACCGCCCAGAACUGACUUCUUACUUAGCUACCAGGCACAUGCUGGCAGAAACGCUGAUCUACAAAACUCGAAACCCUCAGCUUGACUUUGUUUUGAGCGAAGUUGGAAAUGCUAUAGGAAGCAGUAGUAACAAGACUACUGAUGCGAUCCUUGAAUCGAGUCUCGGAAGUGCUGUUUGGACUGUUGACUGGAUGUUGUGUGUUAUGAGUAUUAAUGUAACUCGUAUCAACAUGCAGAUGGGGCGUAUCUUUGGUUUUGCUGCAUGGCAGCCGAACCAGCUGCAGGACGCACCUCCUCACCUCAAAGGCGGGUUUUAUGGCCAUGUUUUUGUGGCCGACUUCAUCAGCAACCAGGGCAGCUUGCGAGUUAUUGAGCUGCCCCAACCAUCAGGAAAUAAGAAUAUCUCGGCCUAUGCAAGGUUUCAUCAUGGCACGUUGACCAAGGUAGCUCUAAUCAAUCAAGAGUUGUGGUUGGGGUCCUCAAAUCGUCCAAGGGCGUCCAACGUGUCGUUGAACCUGGAAGCCUUGGGACCAGACGUCCCGGCACGUGUCAAAGUACAGAAACUAUGGGGACCAAGCGCCAACACAUUGACAAACAUUUCAUGGGCAGGCUUAGAUUGGCCUUUCAAUAAUAUCACAGGAGGGGGGACGCCAGUGAAAAAAAGACAGCGGUAUUUACACAGAAACUGA